CCUUAAAUCCAGACUCCAACACGUAUUGGAAUUUGUUGGUAGUCUACGAACCUCAUGUGCUCUAUUUAUAUCGACUGGUCCGUGAUGUUCUUAAAGGGGGAGAUUUUGAAGCCCGAGGAUCCAUUACUGUAUAUCAUAUCAGGAAUAUCGAGAUGAUAUUCUUUAUUAGAUUAAUUUGCUACAUCGAAUAUCCUCUACAGAGAAGAAUUUUUUGUUUAAAAUUGAGUUUUUAUUUUGUCGGGCUAAGCAUCGGGUGGACUCUUUGAAUGGUAGAUGUAGCAAACAUUCUUUGUUAUAGUUUCUUCUCUUAACGAGAGACGAGUUGACUCACAGAGCCCAAACUGUUCUGUAUGGUGUACUCACACAUUAGAGAAGCGUUGCUAUGGGUGUCUGGUUGUAAAGUCAAUUCUCCAAGCUUUGGAAAAUGGAAGAGGAUAUCUGCUUCUCAAGCUAUUCACUGAAUAGUUUCGUGCAUAUCAAAAGUAGAAUUUAAGGGAUUGUGUGCAAACCCAAAGUUGGAAUUCGCAUCGUUUUAAGCAUACCAUAGUUUGAGUUUGAAGGAUUGUGUGCACUCACAAUUGUUUGAAUUCGCAUGAUUUUAAGCAUACGGAAGUUUGAGAUUGAAGGAUUUAAUUCAAUACCCAAAUUCUAGUUUGAAGGAUUUUAUGCUUUACCCAAAUUUGAAUUUGAGGGAAAAAUGUGCUGCUUGACAGGGAUGCCAUUGCUAGAGACAGUUUAUAUUAUAGCUUUGUGUAGAUGGGCAUGGAAGAGGUGCCUGCACACAGGCUCAGAAGACAGCAAGACAUGGGGAACUGCCACUUUUGAGGACUUUGAGCCUGUGCCCAGAAUGUGUAGACUUGUUUUAGCUGUGUAUGAGGAGGACUUGGACAAUCCUGUGUGGGCUCCACCCGGAGGGUAUCAAAUUGACAUUCGAAGUGUUGUAAAGAGAGUAGGCAACCUUGAAACUUCAGGGAUGGCACCUCCAUAUCUUAUUUAUGUUGAUCACAAUGCCAAAGAUAUUAUCCUUGCUUUUAGGGGGUUGAGUAUGGUGCGGGAGAGUGAUUAUGCAGUUCUUUUGGAUAACAAAUUGGGGCAGGAGAAGUUUGAGGGUGGAUUUGUUCAUCAUGGCCUUCUCAAGUCAGCUCUUUGCGUGUUUGAGAAGGAGGCGGAGACUCUGAGAGAGUUGGUUGGUAGUCAUCCAGAUUAUAAUUUGACUUUUACUGGACAUUCAUUGGGAUCUGGUGUAGCUGCCAUGUUGGCCCUGAAAGUUGCAGGUAACAGGGAUUUGCUGGGUAAUAUUCCCAGGAAACAGAUCAGAUGCUAUGCAAUUGCUCCGGCACGAUGUGUUUCCCUCAAUUUGGCUGUGAGGAGUGCAGACAUAAUCAACUCUGUUAUCUUACAGGAUGAUUUCAUGCCACGAACUGCUACUCCUUUGGAGGACAUGUUCAAGUGUGUAUUUUGCUUGCCAUGCUUGUUAUGCUUCAGUUGUGUGGGGGACACUUUUACUCCAGAGGAUAAGCUGUUGAGAGAUCCUCGAAGGCUCUAUGUUCCAGGGCGUUUAUACCAUAUUGUUGAAAGGAAAUUAUGCAGGUAUGGACGGCUCCCUCCUCAUGUAAAAACAGCUGUACCUGUUGAUCGAAGGUUUGAACAUGUCGUUAUUUCCUGCAAUGCAACUACGGAUCAUUCCAUUGUGUGUAUAGAAAGGGAGUCUCAAAAAGCUCUAGAUAUAAUGAUGGAGGAAAGGAUGAUGAAUGCUCCAAUUGUACAGAAGAUGGAGAGGCAGAUAUCCGAUAAGUCAGAUCAUGAUAGAGAACACAGCGAUGCAAUGCAAAGAGUUGUUUCUCUAAGUGUUCCUCAUGCUUCAGGACAGCUAUAUGGUACCUUUACCUAGUACCUUGCAAUGGUAAAGUUCUGCUAAAAAGUAAUGGGACAGCAAUAUCUCCAACACAGAGGCAUGAACACAUCCUAAUUUCAUCCUGUUGGCUCCAAAGGUAAUGGUUAGCAAAGAUCAUGUUGAACGAUGGAAUAAAAUGCAGUGAAAAAUGCAAUAUACCAUCUUAAAUAGAAGUUGCAAAUUAGUUUAUAGGUGGUAUGAAAGACAUGAUCAAGUAUUCGUACAUGUUUCCAAUCACUCUAAAAGUUGAUUAGUUUGAGACAUUUUUAUUGUUUACUUGAACAAGUUCAUUAUUUUGACUGAGCCACGCACACAACCAAUUUUUUGCAUUGUCUCUAUCAUAUAUUGCACUUGCCAGAGCAUAAAUAUAUGUAUCUAUAUUGCAUCCUUCAAUUGCCUAGUCUACACAACCAAAUUAAAGGCAUUACAGCUUAAACACUUUCAAGUUUCAAGCCAGAAACCAAAGCUUGUAUAUUAAUGAAAAGAUUGAGUGUUUAUCCUUCACCUAUGCUAACAAUGAUUAGCAUAAUUGUAAGUGGAUCCCGAUUAGAUAUUUUGAAUAAGGUGAUUUGUUUGUAAUGAUCUGUGCAGGAUUUACCGCAGCAACUAUUUGCGGUUUUAUCUCCUGUAACAAUUCACAAUUUUAAGGUACAAAGACAAAAAAGGGCAGAUUAUUGAUAGAUGAAUCCUUUAUGUGAAGUCAAUGCUCAGAAAAUGCUAUGAACAAAAGCAGGUUGUUUCUUAAAAUUUAAAGAAUAUUAUAUAAGAUUUUUAGUUAUAAAUGUAGCUGUUCUUUUAAUAUUA